AUGAAUCCACAACAUUCCCUUCCUCCAUUGCCAUCCAAGCCAACAACAACCACACAGCAAAUCGUGAAGCAACCUCAGCAACAAAUAAGACCUAUAACUCCUGUUGUGGUGAUCCCACAAUAUAACACAAGCACAACACCCAUCACAGACUAUUCGGGGAGUACUCUUCAUUGGAAUGGAUCGGGAGAUCAUCAUGCAGCAGGAAAUAAUCCUAUGUUGGUCAUGAAUGAUAAUUACGGAAAUAAUUGGCAACAACAACCAGUACUGAUCUAUCAGCAACCACCUUCAGAUUCAAUCUAUGGAGGAGAAUCUAAUAAUUGUAAUACUUCGGGAUAUAUGUAUAAUGCCAAUUCUAUUCCACAACAAAAUUAUGUCACAACCAACAAGGGACCUCAAAACGCUUUCAACAAGAAUAUUUAUAUGAAUAGCCUGAAUAAUGGUCAACAGCUUCAUGUACCAAUAGAUCAACAUACUGCUCCAAAAAGAAAUAGUCCACAUCCUUUGGACUCUAACAAGACAUCUAAUCCGACAACCUCAUCCUCUCCCUCUGUUUUGGAUCAGUAUUCAUCUGCAACUAACAACAAUUAUCAACAAUCUCUCACUACAAGCCACAAUAAUUCACAUUACUCUUCCCCAAUGUCACAGUCGUCUCACGAUACACAACCAUUCUUGCAAUCAAAUAUUACAACUAACAACAACUUGCCCACUGGACUUAACUCAACCAUUAACAACAACUUUCAGACAGUGGAUUUAAGCCAAGGUCACAAUAAUAUCGCAUCUCAAAACAAACCCACAAAACUUCCAGUUCCUAGUAGUAAGAAACCUGUUUACACGGACAACCCAAUUAACAAAAUUGCUAAUGUUGUUGAAGAUUUUAUUGACAAAAUUGUUCCAGGUGACAAAGGUACCAGGGUUGACCUUACUGAGCCAAAACCGGUAAAAGGUCUUUCUAACAACAUUGGAGAGUACAACUGCUUUUUAAAUGUUGUUAUUCAAAGCUUAUGGAAUGCUCGACCAUUCAGAGACUUGUUUUUAUCUAUUGACAAAGACAGUCAUUUUCACAAAGAUCCCCAAUCUUGUGUGUUUUGUGCUUUGAAAACACUGUUUACGUCUUAUGAAACGGAUGCUCGCUCCGUAAUUGAGCCGAACGACGUAAGAACGAGUCUCUCAUUUGCUCACAACAAAGACUCUAAAUUUCAGUUAAGGCGUAUGGAUGAUGCCUCAGAAGCAUUUCAAGCCAUUUUGGAGGACGUCAACAAUUCUCUGAAAUAUGAUCAAAUUCCAAUUUUUGAUUUUAAUGUGACUGACUUUUAUGUGUGUCGUAAUUGUAAUUCAUAUUCUGAACCUCACAACUACACUACUAACAAUUGGUGCAUAUCCAGCAGUGAAUUCGUCACCAACAAAAGAAGAGAUCCUAACAUGUCGUUCGAGCAAGCAAUUAGAUCAUCUGUUGAGAGUUUCCAUAAAACAUGUGAGAAUUGCAAAGGCACCUCAGACUCUCAAAAGCACAUUUUUCAAACCUUUCCAGCAGUGUGUACAAUAUCCUUCUCUUGGGAGGCAGAUGUUAUUUCAGAAGAUUCAAUUUUGGAAUUUAUGUCCUACUUCAAAAUUAAGAAUAUUAAUUUACAUGACAUUUUUAGAUUGUACUGCAACGGAAAUGAUAUUGAAGUGAUUGGAAAUGUAUCAUCUAUUAUAUGCUAUUAUGGAAGACAUUACAUUUGCAUUGUUUAUGACAAGAAAACAAACAAAUGGUUUGGAAUUGACGAUAGUAGAGUAAGAGAAAUACCUGAAGUAGAACUAGCUCAUUUCAUCAUUUCUUCAAAAUUUCAACCUUGUGUUGUAUUAAUUGAAGUUGAAAAAAGCAAAGGAAAUAUUGAAAUUGAACGUACGGUCAAGCAAAAGGCCUCUGUUGCCGAAAUUGAACUCAUUUCUCCAUUGAAGAAAAAGACUUCUGUGAGCAACUUGUCGAGCAUUCAAACAAACUCUGGAGAAAUACAGCCGAGCACUUCAAAUUUCAUUGUGGAGAAUCAUCAAAUUGGAUUGAUUAUUGAUGGAUAUGGACCUGUUUCUGACUUCUUUGUAUGGAGACAAACAACAAAUAAUUCGAAUAUUUAUACUCGUACUGCAACCAUUUCAAAAGAUCACAUGAAUAGUGUUUCAGGCUCUAACCAGCUUAAUAUUUGUUUGUUUUUAGAUCAGAUUGAACUUGAAGAGAAGGAAGCUGUCACUGUUAAAAUUUGCUUUGCACCAACAGGUGGAACACGCACCUUUAAAUGGUUAGACAUUGGUAAGCUUGAUAAGAAUAAGAGAAGCUUAUUCUCGUCUAUUCCCGUUGGUUUUAUAAUGACAGAUGGAGGCUUAUCAAAGUCCUAUGACCUAUAUUUCACUCUUAAAAAAGAAAAGACUCAUUAA